CCCAACCAAUCUAAGCAUCACAUAUAAUAUUCUCGUUUCCUUCGAGAGGCAUGUAUUUAAGGAAUCAACAUCGGAAGCUGAUUUGCCUAUACAUCCUCUGUGCGAGUUAUGGCCCAUUCUCAUCUUACAGAGCCAUCGAAUGUGCUUGAGCACCAGGAGAAAGGCCUGAAGGGCUUCGAUAUCCACAGCGCAGAGAGCGUAGAAGAGGCUCCCUCUCAAGAGUCUGAGCAGGUCAUCCGCGGGGCAGGAGACAUUACCAACUUGAUCAUAUCAGAUCAGGAUAAUCCUGAGCUCCCCGCACUGACCUUCCGUUUCUGGGUCCUUGGCAUUGGGCUAGCGACUUUUGGAUCUGUGCUAUCCGAAAUUUAUUUUUGGAAGCCCCAGAAUGCUGUAGUUUCGGCCUUAUUUCAACUGAUUAUAUCUUAUAUUCUGGGUAAUGCAAUGCAUUAUGCUAUGCCUUCGACAGGGAUUUGGCGCCACCUCAAUCCUGGGCCGUUUAACAUCAAGGAGCACACCUGCAUCACUAUUAUGGCGUCCACUGCAUCAGUUACAGCCAAUGCUAUUGGUAUAGUAGCAACACUUGAUCUGUUUUACGGCGUGACUUUGAAUCCUGGAGCCGCGAUCUUCCAAACGUUCGCAUCGCAGUUGAUUGGAUAUGGUUUUGCGGGGCUUCUAAGAACCCUCCUCGUAUGGCCAACUUACGCAUUGUUUCCGAACCAGCUCCCAUCAAUCUCUCUUCUGCAAUCCAUGCACUUCAGUGGUUUACUCAACCGCAAGAAGAUGAAGUACUUCUGGAUUGUCUUUUGGGCUAUCUUUUGUUGGGAAAUCAUUCCGACUUGGAUGUUUCCCCUUCUAACGGCGUUCUCUGUUAUUUGCCUGGCCGAUAAUGGUCGCUCGCCUGUUAUUCGCAAUAUCUUUGGUGCGGGAGGGUCCAACGAAGGUCUAGGUCUGCUGUCAUUCGGCUUUGACUGGACCUUGAUCACACAAGCGUAUCCUCUAUAUUGGCCUCUGCAGACUCAAGUCUCUUCCUGGAUUGGGCUGGGAUUGGGUUAUGCUCUGUUGGCCGGAUGCUAUUAUACAGACGUGUUCCAGGGGUAUUCGAGGGGGUUACCGUUCAUGUCAACUGCCUUAUUCAGUGGUAAUGGCUCAUCGUACAACCAAUCCGCGAUCCUUGGCUCCAACAAUCAACUCGACCCGGAAAAGUAUGCUGAAGUUGGACCCCCAUUCAUGACAACAACCUACGCAGUAUCCUUGCUUAUGACCUAUGCUUCCAUGGGAGCAGCAUUUUCCCACAUAUUGUUGUGGCACUGGACAGAGCUAUGGGAAGCUUUCAGAGGCUUCAACUUCUUAAAGUCAGGGCAGGAUUUUGACGAUAUUCACUUUCGACGAAUGAAAGUGUAUAAAGAGGUUCCACAAUUGUGGUACGGUUCUCUUUUCAUCGUGUCAUUGGGCCUAGCGAUUGGUAUGGCGUACGUUGGCAUUAACACCCUGCCGUGGUGGUCUGUCCUACUUUUUACCGUCAUCGCAUUCAUUCUCGCCGUCAUCCUUGGUUUCAUAUACGCUGUGACAGGAUUCCAGCUCUCCACCGGAGGUUUUGUACAAGUCAUUGCUGCAUACGUCCACCCUCAGCAACCGAUUCAGAACAUGUAUGCAAAGUUGUACGGUUACAACACUGGUUAUCAGACAUUCGCCAUGCUGUCCGAUUUGAAGCUAGGACAAUAUGCGAAAGUACCACCAAGAGCUACUUUUGUUGCGCAAGUCAGCGGCACGAUCCUUGGGGCCAUUUUCAAUUAUGUCCUCUAUAAGUCUAUCGUAGGCGCGCACAGAGCCGAUUUGAUAAACCCGAUCGGAACGCGUAUAUGGUCAGGGUGGAACUCACAGGAGAUCAACUCAGCAGCAAUUACAUGGGGUGCUCUGAGUGCGGAGCUAUACAGCCCAGGUAAAACUUACUUUCAGAUCCCUCUCGGACUUCUAUACGGGUUUGUCGCUCCUUUCUUGUUCUAUGGCAUGCAUCGCCUAUUCCCAAGACAACGGAUCUGGUCUUACCUCAACAUGCCAAUUAUAUUCACGUAUCUUGGUUGGCUUCCAUUCUCGGUCAAUGGGAUGUGGUGGCCAGGGUUCAUCAUCGGGUUGUAUACGCAAUGGUGGGUCAGGACCAGGAAGCCAAGAUGGUACAAUAAAUACAACUAUUUGACCUCGGCCGCUUUGGACGGAGGUGCGUCCAUCGUUUACUUCAUCCUUAAUUUUGCGGUGUUCGGUGAGUUCUCUGUUCGCAAGUCGGCACCGUUGUACUCACUCCACUUAAGGGGCAGGAGGAAGUGCCGUAAGCUUCCCUACGUGGUGGGGAAAUCCAGAUCCGAGCGUUAUCAGUGUCGAUCAUUGCAUGGCCGCCACCUUUUCAUGACGUGGUUACAAGUGAUCAGCCUCCUUGCUCUGACGAAGUAUAUUUGAUAGCUUUGUUAAAAUGCAAUAGGUUCAUGUAUUUGAGGUUUCUCAACUAUCAUACCAAUCCAAUGCUGGUUAGAGGUGUUCUUUUGCGCU